AUGUUUUAACUUGCGAAGUAAAGCUUGCAAAUAUUUUCGUAUCGCAGAAAGAAUUUUACAUCGGAGCGGUAAAAAUCGUUCAUGAAUGAGCAAUCAUUAAAUUGUUUUGAAAGAUUUAUUCUAAAGUAAAAAUAUUACUUAAAACAUAGAAAAGAAAAAAAUAUAAGAUAUAGAAAAGAAUUAGGGUACAAGAAACUAGGAACUAGGGUUUUAUUAUUCAAGUAUUCUGAAAUAUAUUUUCGAACAAAUAAAGAGAGUCAUGACCAAGAAAUUCAAAGCUUUGGCUGACACGUCAUGCAAAUUUAUCCGUCAGAUGUAAAUACUCAAAAAAUGACUCUUCCUCCCAAAAGAUGUUUGAGUUUUCUUAACUCGACAUUUUCAAGCAAAGAAUUGGAAAAUAUUUAUCGGAACUACAUUUCUGAACGAAGAAAAUACAUUGUUUUUUUUGUUUUACUAAUUUAUAUGACUUAUAACUUUGCUUAUAUUUUGGUUUCUGUAGUGGAUUUUACUAAGGAAAAAACUUCCAAAAUAAUAAUUCGUCUAAUAAUAAUUGGUUGCAGCAUCUUUUUUUCCUGUGUUUGUCUGGCUAUCUACGUCAUCUAUCGCAAUUCCAAAAGAUAUUGCUGCAAAUACCUAUGCAUUGUUUUAUGGUUCAUUAUUUACCUUCAAAUUUUAUUAGAUUUGGCAGUAUCAAAUAAAGAUGAUGAUAUUUUAUUAAGCAGUGGUGUUAUAGUAUACAUGUUUUUUAUUUACAAAACAUACUCCAUUGCACCUUUUCGAUUGUACAAAUGUAUGGCAUUGUCAUUGUUAGUGGCACUUUCUCACGUUGCGGUUAUUGGUAUAAAAAACAGUUUUAAAACUUCCUAUUUACAAAUUUUGGCAAACUUAAUACUUUUACUUGGUUCAAGCUGUUUAGGUGUUGUAAACCACCUAAACGAAGAAGCAAACGAAAGAAAGGUUUUCCUAGAUACCCGAAAGGCAAUAGGAAUUAAACUGAUGAUUGAUAAAGAAGAAGCUAACCAGCGCCGAUUGCUUGAGUCAAUUCUUCCUCCUGCUCUAGCUCGAAAAAUAAUAGAUGAUAUGAAACAAGAUGGAUAUAGUGUAUACAGUGAUUCUGGAAAUUUCAAGAAAAUUUAUAUUAACAAACAUCAAGAUUGUAGCAUCCUGUUUGCAGAUAUAGUUGGUUUUACAGAAUAUUCAUCAACUGUAACUGCAGAACAACUCAUUGUCAUGUUAAAUGAGCUAUUUGCCAAUUUUGACAAGAUUGGAAAACGUCAUUCAUGUCAAAGAAUCAAAAUUCUUGGAGAUUGUUAUUACUGCAUCAGCGGUAUUGCCAAUGAAAAAGAUGAAGCCAACCUAAAACUCAUGAAUCAUGGUGAAUAUUCAGUAGAAAUGGGAUUGGAAAUGGUUGAUCAAAUUGUAUGCGUGAGAAACAAAACCAAGGUUCAAUGCUUGGACAUGCGAGUUGGAAUUCAUUCAGGUCAUGUACUUGCUGGUAUUCUAGGUUUACGAAAGUGGCAGUACGAUGUAUGGUCAGAUGAUGUUACAUUAGCAAAUAAAAUGGAAUCUGGUGGUUUGCCGGGUCGGGUACAUGUCUCACAAAUGACUUAUGAAUUGAUUAAAGAUUCUUAUGAGGUUGAAGAAGGACAUGGUGGUGAACGAUGUGAUUACUUAAAAAAUAUCAAUACUUAUCUUAUUAAAGGUCGAAAAGAAUCCAUCAAUGAAAAAAGAGAUUUGAUUUCUAAAAAAGAUGAGAAUAAACUUGAAAAGAAAAUUGAUCAAGAUAGUGUAAAACUACCAAGAACUUCAAUUUUGAGGAAAUCGCUUUCAUAUAAACUGAACCAAAAAGAUAAAGAAUUGAAAAAAACUAAAAUUUCAAAUGAUGAGAAUAAUAUAGUUUAUGAACAAAACCAAGAGAUUAGAGAAAAGAAAAUCAAUAGCAUGCUUGUUGAUGCUUUGCAAUCUAGAAGUUUUAGUUUAAAAGGUCUUGUGCAUACUUUGACUUUGAAGUUUAUUGAUAAAUCUAUUGAAGAGUUUUGCCAUGAAAAGAUUCAAUAUCCUAUAUUAUCUCUGACUGGUCUGUUUGUUGUUACUCUUUUGAAUUUCUUUGUACAACUUACUCUCCACCAACUGUACUUGGCAAAUUUUAUUACUUUUGGAAUGAAUUUAUUAUUCUUAUGUGUGUUGGCAUUCUUUAUGAUUGAUUCUCAUAGGAAGAAGAAAUCGUUAUCAUUUGUGCUGAAGUCAUUAAAGUUAUCAAUUCCAUAUGCAAGAAUUGUGGACGCUAUUUCAUUUUUAUGCAUCAUUUGUGUGCUAAUAUCAGAGGUUUUUGAUGAUAUGUUGCUCAAGUUAGAUCCCCAAUCAUUUAAAUAUCCUGUGUACUUCACAUUUACUGGUGUUUUGGUUGUUUUCACUGUUCCAACUCUUAUUCAACUUUCUUUUAUGAUUAAAGUUGCUUUGGUAUUGAUCACAUGUAUUGCAUAUGUGGUAUUGAAUUUGACCUUAGUAGGAAAAUAUCUUGAUUUAUAUGCAAAAAAUCGGCAUUCUGUGAUCAGUGUUAAAUGGUCUUUGGUAUGUCAUUUAAUCUUAUACUUGUUUGUUAUCCUAUUUGAUCUUCGACAGUCCGAAUUAUCUUUAAGAGUUUUAAUGUUAUGGAAAAAAGAAGCAUAUGACAAGCAAGAGCAAGUGGAAAACAUAAGAUCUAGGAAUCAAAUACUUAUGCAAAACAUUUUGCCAUCUCAUGUUAUUCAACAUUUCUUAAAGACCAGCAAUGCAGAUGAAACAGAGUUGUAUAGUCGUUCUUAUAGCAAUGUAGGUGUCAUUUUUGCAUCCAUACCAAAUUUCUCAAACUUUUACACUGAAGAAAGUUUUAAUCAAGGAGGCAUUGAAUGCAUGAGGGUUCUUAAUGAAAUUAUUUCUGAUUUUGAUGAAGUACUUUCUGAACCUCAAUACUUACUAAUAGAGAAAAUUAAAACAGUUAAUAGUACAUACAUGGCUGCUUCAGGAUUAAAUGAUGUGUCUUGCAUCGAUGAUCAGUGGCAACAUCUUGUUACUCUUGUUCAAUUUGCAUUGGCUAUAAAAAAGAAGUUAGAUUUGUUAAACGAAGAAUCUUUCAACAAUUUUCAAUUAAGAAUUGGCAUAGCUCACGGACCUGUUGUAGCAGGUGUAAUAGGUGCAAAGAAACCUCAUUACGAUAUUUGGGGAAACACUGUGAAUAUAGCAAGCAGAAUGGACUCAACUGGAGAACCAGGAAAAAUUCAGAUGCUAAAAGAAACUAAAGAUAUUUUAGAAGUUCGUGGCUUUAAUUUUGUAACGCGAGGCUACGUAUAUGUGAAAGGAAAAGGAAAAUUACUUACUUAUAUGAUUGUUACUGAUCAGCAGACUUCAGAUGGUUAAUUGACUUUAUGAAAUAUUUUGUACGGUUGUAAUUAUUUUAUUAUUUUAUAGGGAAUAUAUUGUAAA